GUGGAGGACCCAAGGGGAGCUGCCGCCGCCGCCGCCGCCGCCGAUCGUCCUCCGUUGAGGCAGCCUGCGGGGUAGGCUUUGCCGGGGCCUAAAGCCGAGCAGCCGCAGCCAUGCAGAUCACUCUGAAGACGCUGCAGCAGCAAACCUUCAAGAUAGACAUCGACCCCGAGGAGACGGUAAAAGCAUUGAAAGAGAAGAUUGAAUCAGAAAAGGGAAAAGAUGCUUUUCCAGUAGCUGGCCAAAAGUUAAUAUAUGCAGGUAAAAUCCUUAAUGAUGAUACUGCUCUUAAAGAAUACAAAAUUGAUGAAAAGAACUUUGUGGUGGUUAUGGUGACAAAACCCAAAGCGGCAGCUGCUCCAGCUCCAUCCCCAACUACAACUCAGCAGUCAAAUGAUACCACCACUACUGUUAGCUCUUCUACAAUAGCUGCUGCAGCCCCAAAACCUGCAACUGUCCCAGCUCCUGCUCCUGCACCAGUGUCAGCACCGGCACCAGCUGCUUCAACACCAGCUGCAGUGGCCUGUGAACCUGCAUCUGUAAGUGCCCCUGUAGAAGAGAAAUCAGCGGAUAAGCCAGUAGAGACACUAGCUGACACCAGCCCAACAUCUACAGACAGUACAACAGGUGAUACUUCACGAUCAAAUCUCUUUGAGGAUGCUACAAGUGCACUCGUUACAGGUCAAUCCUAUGAAAAUAUGGUGACUGAGAUCAUGUCAAUGGGAUAUGAGAGAGAGCAAGUAAUUGCUGCACUGAGAGCCAGCUUCAACAAUCCUGACAGAGCGGUGGAGUACCUUCUAAUGGGUAUCCCUGGGGAUAGGGAAAAUCAAGGUAUGGCUGAUCCCCCUCAAGCAGCCAGCACUGGUGCUUCUCCAUCUUCAGCAGUAGCAGCAGCUGCAGCAACUACUACUACUACUACUACAACUACUACUAGCUCUUUCCUUUCAGGACAUCCUCUUGAAUUUUUACGAAACCAACCUCAGUUCCAGCAGAUGAGACAAAUUAUUCAACAGAAUCCAUCUCUUCUGCCUGCAUUGCUACAGCAAAUAGGGCGGGAAAACCCUCAAUUACUGCAGUCCUCCCAUGCACCACAGCAAAUAAGCCAACAUCAAGAACAUUUUAUUCAGAUGUUAAAUGAGCCUGUUCAGGAAUCCGGUCAAGGGGGAGGUGGCAGUGGCGGUGGUGGCGGUGGCGGCGGUGGCGGCGGAGUAGCUGAAGCCGGAAGCCGUCACAUGAACUAUAUUCAAGUAACACCUCAGGAAAAAGAAGCUAUAGAAAGGUUAAAGGCACUAGGAUUCCCUGAAGGACUUGUCAUACAAGCAUAUUUUGCAUGUGAGAAGAAUGAAAACUUGGCAGCCAACUUCCUCCUACAACAGAACUUUGAUGAAGAUUGAAAGGGAAAGACUUUUUUAAAAAACAAAUCUCACACAUCACACCAGUGCAUUACACUAGCUAUUCACUGGAUUGUCUGGGAUACUUGGGCUCAUAUCCAUGAUACUUGGUGUAAGGUUUGGGGGGGGAGGGAGGGGAGGGAGAGGAAAAUAUAGAAAGGAUGCAAGGAAAGACAAGCACAUCUGUUCUAAGUUGGCAGAUGCAGCAAAUCAAAGUGUAACAUACUAUACAACCAAAAAUCAGCUUUUUUUUUUGCAGAUAUUUAGUUCCUUUCUUCUAUAAACUGUAAGUUCCUGCCCCCCCAACCCCCCAGGUUUUCACUCUUUUAGUGUACUAGAUCCCAAAGUUAGUGUGGUGCCCUGCUUUUGUUUAUUUUUAAUUAACAUUGGUCUUGGAGAUAGCAAUGGCUACCUAGAAUGGACAGUCUGUAUUUCAUAGUAACACUGGAUAACGGCUUCAUAAAUUUAAGAGAAAAUAUAUUUGAAUAACUCUAAAACAUGCCAAAAAUGUAGGUGGUGGGGUUUUUUUUUGCUGCUUCAGAUGUAUCUAAUUACUGCAAGAGGCCCAUUAUUUUGAAUGAAGUGCUGGAUUAAAAAUUCAAAUUAAAACCACUCAUUGUUUUAGAUUCUUGAUCAUUGAUUUUGAGAGAUCUUUUCCUAUCCUUAUCCCUUUCUUCCUUUCAUAAUGAAUGGAGAGGCUAUAUACACAAGCAAAAUUAUGCUUUCCUUUUCGGCAAAUAAUACAAGAUAACCUAAUUAUUGCUUACUUCAGUGUUGGGUUACAGUAAAGCUUUUCUUUAAACAAGAACCACCAUUGCAUGUUUUGGGUUUGAUGUAUCCCUUUUUGUGAACCGAGCACUUUUUUUAUUGCCAAUGAAGAAAAUGUAAACGCUCUCCAUCCUAGUGAAAGUAUUUAUGAAGAAAUCAGAUUCCAUCCUACCUAUAUUUUGUUUAAAGUGAAACUGAUCAGAUGAAUACAGCUGCAAGUAUUUCAAAACUAGGUGUCUUAAAUGCUUGUAAUCUUAUAGUUUCAAUCUCUGGGACUCUAAAGGCUAUUGUCAUUUGUAUUGCUUUAAAAAGGACUGUAAUAUUCCAGUAACUUGCCUUCUCCUCUGUUUAAAAGCAUUGUGGAAAUAUUUUGCUCUUGAAGAGAUGUUCAGAACAUGGGGAAAUAGAUGAACAAUCAAGUUAUUGGAUCCCUAAAGAUUAUGCACAUCCCCCCUUUACUUCCUAUUAAAAGUAACAUCUAAUUGUAA